GGGUACAGUGCUCUGUCCGUGCUCCUGCAGGCACAGCACAGUAAAAAGCCAAAGCAAAAUUACACAUUGUCACACUGUAAUAUACACAGAGUUGCCAAUGGAUUCAAGCUGUGACUGUUUACAUGCCCUGGGAGUUGGUCUGGGAGCAUUGGUAUCUGUUAUACUUGUAUGGGCUGCUCAUCGCCUAGGGGUUAUCUACCAGCUGUUUCACAAGGUUGAAACUCAAAGUCCUUGCCAUGGUGGAGAGGUUGUUGCCAAAGUACUUCAGGCUCAUGGCGUGCGUUUUGUUUUCACUUUGCCUGGUGGACAUAUAUCUCCUAUAGUGGUCGCUUGUGAAAAGUUAGGAAUUCGAAUAGUUGACACCAGACAUGAGGCUACUGCGGUGUUUGCAGCAGAUGCUGUGGCCAGGCUUUCAGGCACAGUGGGAGUGGCAGCAGUCACUGCAGGGCCAGGUUUGACCAACACAGUAACAGCUAUUAAGAAUGCCCAGAUGGCAGAAUCACCACUGCUGCUGAUAGGAGGAGCUUCAGCCACACUGCUACAGGGUCGAGGUGCACUCCAGGACAUAGAUCAGAUGUCACUUUUCAAACCUAUAUGCAAAUCCUGCUCAUCAGUUAGAACUAUACGAGAGAUUGUACCUGUGCUUAGGAAAGCAAUGGCUGAGGCCCAGUCUGGAACACCAGGACCCGUAUUCGUAGAAUUUCCUAUCGAUAUUUUGUACCCAUAUCAUAUAGUUCAUAAAGAACUAUCACCUAAGGGAGCUCCAAAAGGAAUUGUGGGAAAAGCAAUCACCUGGUACCUGCAGAACCAUCUGAACAAUUUGUUUGCUGGUGCUUGGGAACCUCGGGAUGUAUCACCACUUCCACUCUCUAUCCCUCAAGCAAGCCCUAUGCAGAUCCAGCAGUGUAUAGAGCUUGUAAGCCGUGCUAAGAAGCCAGUGUUUCUUUUGGGCAGUCAGGUCACAUUACCUCCUAUGCCAGUAGAAACUCUGCGAAAAUCACUGGAGUCUUUGGGUAUUCCUUGUUUCUUGGGGGGUAUGGCCAGAGGCAUGCUGGGAAGAGACAGCCCUUUGCACAUUCGACAAAACCGCAGGGAAGCUUUGAAGGAAGCAGAUCUUGUCAUUCUGGCAGGUACGGUUUGUGAUUUUCGUCUUUCUUAUGGGCGUGUCCUGAGCCGACGCAGUAAAAUCAUUGCUGUCAGUAGGGACCGUUCUCAGCUACUGAAGAACUCUGAUAUGUUCUGGAAGCCAAGUGUUGCAAUCCAAGGAGAUGCUGGUUCCUUCAUAGUUAAACUCUGUGAGGGACUCAAUGGAUAUACUUGUCCCACUGAGUGGACGGAAGGCCUCAAGACAGGGGAUGUAACUAAAGAGAAAACUAACCGACAAAAAGCUGAAGAGAAAACUGAGAGGCAUCUAAAUCCACUUAAGGUUCUGCAUCUAGUGGACGAUGCUAUGGCGGAGGACAGUAUAAUAGUUGCUGAUGGUGGUGAUUUUGUUGGAAGUGCUGCUUACAUUCUUCGUCCAAGAGGCCCACUAUGUUGGCUGGAUCCAGGUGCCUUUGGGACUCUUGGAGUUGGAGGAGGGUUUGCACUGGGAGCUAAACUUUGCCGUCCAGAUUCAGAGGUUUGGAUUGUAUUUGGAGAUGGAUCCUUGGGAUACAGUAUUGUAGAGUUUGAUACUUACACACGGCAUAAGACUCCUGUGAUAGCUCUAGUUGGAAAUGACGCCUGUUGGAAUCAGAUUUCACGUGAACAAGUGCCCAUGUUAGGAAGCAAUGUGGGCUGCAGUCUGGCAUACAGUGAUUAUCAUGUUGCAGCAGAGGGAUUUGGUGGCAGAGGCUUCCUGGUCACUACUCAGGAGGAAGAGCGAAUAAGUGACAUCAUCAAGGAAGCGCAGGAGGCCUGUCACAAGGGAAAAGCUGCACUUAUAAAUGUACUGAUUGGAAAAACAAAUUUUAGAGAUGGCUCUAUAUCUGUAUAGGGAACAUGAUCAACUCUCAGAGCCUCUGGGAUUUUUCUCUCCUGCCCUUCCAGUAACAAGCAUUUUAUAUUGGACCUGUAUGAGUGACUGCAAUGCAGUAUGACUGUAGCUAAUGGAUUAAUAGAAUAAUGAAUUAUAUUUUGCAGGUAGCAAAACAAAAACAAAAUAAUGGCAUUUUAUUUUCUUUAAUGCACUGACAAAAAAUAUAACUAUUGAGUUGCUGUGAAUGAAUUAACAUUAAUGGGAAAUGAUAUUAAAUUAAUAAUCAGGAUUUAUCUACCUUUAAAGUGAUAGCUCACCCUAAGAUUAUUUUUAGCAUAAUGUACAAAAUUGCAUUGCGUGAAAGUUUCCAGCUCUUCAGUUUGGCAUUUAAAUCUCCAUCUUAGUGCCAGGGUUGUUGAAAUAAAUGUUUAAACGCUGAUCUAAAAAAUGAAAGAUAUUGUGUGCAAUAAGCCAUAGUGUCUAACCAUACUUACUAUCAGGGUAUAUUUCCUUUCUAAGUCUGUGUUUAGGAUUUAUUUGUCCUUUAAUUAGCUUAGGUAAUAAAAUGUAUUGUUCUUACUGUUAAAAUGACUAAACAAAGGGCACAUUUAUUAUUAUUUACUUUACAGCUGAGGCACCAAACUGUAAUUCUCCAGCUAUUGUUGAGAUGCAUUUCCCAUGAACUCACAUGAGGAUAAUGGGAUUUUUGGUUCAUUUUCAUUGCCCCCCUCCACUUCACAGUCACAACUGGCUGUUGCAUUUUGUUUUGCAAUGACAUACCAAAUAUGUACAGUACUGUUAUAAUUUUAUAAUUAACAACAAGUGUUUUUUAAAAUAUCAUUGAAUAUGGUGCUAUCCCAAACUUAUAUGGAGAGUCAUUUUCCUUCCAAUAUUUUGGGCAGGUACAAUGAUGGCCUGUGACUUUACUGUGUACAUCACCAUUGACUGUAUUAAAAUCUAUGGCCAUCAUCUUUGGUGAUGCAGCCAAUCAAAGAGCAUUCUUGAGAUAUUAGCAGUAACAACACAGAGCUUACCUUACUCUCACUGAUGUAGCUAAUACCAGCUCACGAACAGCCACCAUAACUUCUUGCUGACACCAGUAGUAGUGAGUCUUCCUGAGGUGCCAGCAAUGGCAUCAAAAAGCCUUGCCUGCCUAUCUCAGGAAGUGGGUUGUAUUGCUAAUGUAGCUAGGUCCUAACUGGACCGUACUGGGCACGGAGUCUUCUGUGUGGCCCCAACCUAAAGGGAGCUUUUUUUGUAAGCAACAACAAGCUAAAUUUUUACAGACCAGUAUAAGUGCACUACAUGAUUGUUUGCAAAUCUAUUGCCACUUUUAUUUAGCUGUCACAUGGAAAUAGUACAUGGCAUUCUGGUAACAUAACCUACAUAUACCUCUGAUAUAUAGAUCAUGGUUUGGAACAAUAAGGGGCACAUAUGAGUUAUAAAGGGAAAAUUAUGGAUGUAGGGAUUCUUUGCUUUUAGAUUAAUUGUUUUAAUUUAAUUUCCUAUUGAAGCAUGUUUAUUUUAUUUUUAGAUUCCCAUAGAAUGACUGAAGUAAAAGCCAGUUAUUAGUGUGUAAGCCAUUACCUUAAAGAGCCUCAUUACCUCAGGCAUAAACAUUAAGAAUACACCAGGACAGAAAAAUGCGUCUUUGCUAGGGUCACUCCAGUCGUAGUUUUUCAGUACAGUAAGGACAUUUAGGACCCCCUGUGCUUUCCAAAUAGCAAAUAGCUAAAGGCCUAAAUGCUGUCUGUUCUUAAUUGUUACUAAUACUCACAUGGUUUCUUUUAAACGCAGGGUCUAUGAUCAAUGUAAACCCAAUAAAUACAACUUCUAUUGACUCUUCUCUUCUUUAGCUAUUGUCAUUAAAUAGUGCUUACAUUUGUGCUUAAUUCCUCUUGGAGUCAGAGCAAGAGCCAAUACUGAGAUGAGUAACAAGUUACUCCCUCCAGUCUGUCUUGUUUGUGACUCACAGUUGGCAUUGAGGGGAGGGGGUCUUUUUAGAUGCUUUAACAAAUCAUAACAUUUCCAAACUGAAUUCUAUACGAGUAGGCCACCUUACUGUAUCAUAUGAUAAAAUGGAUCAGCUAAAUGGGCAUAAUUUACCAUUAAGUGGCUUAAUUGUUCCCUUGUAUGGGUUCAUCUGUUGACUAUGGGGAGAGGGGGGGGGGGCUCAUGUCUGCAAAAUAAACUAUUUGGUCUGCAAUGGUAUAGGUUGGAACAGUGUAGAAUGUAUAACUGGCUGUCAAUGGGACAAAAAGUCUUAUAUCCCACAAGCUGGCAAGUUUAGGGGUAAUGGUACAUAUAGCACAUUCAGAUGCCACAGCACCUGAAACAUGACCUCAAAGUUGCUAUCUCACUAUGUCUAAAUUAAACUAUUCUUCCUUGGCAAUACAGUUGCACUUUUCAGCUUAUCAGAGAAUAAACAAAGGUAGACAGCAAAAAAAUACUGUUACCUGAAUUGGAAAGAAUGUUGUUUAUUCAGUCAACUGCUCUAAUGUAGAGAUUAUUAACUAUGCUGGUAAAAUAAUGUAUACAUGCUAUAACCAACCAUACUGUAACCGAAUCUAAAGACUUCCUAUGUCACAUAAAGGAAAAUUCUACUAUAAGAUAUCUGACUCUGAUAUUCUGAACAUCUUAGAGACCAGAAAACAUUACACUUACAUACAGUAUGGGUGAAUGGAGUACUGGGAUACAGUUUUGUGGCAAUAGACCUAUUGAGCCCAUGUACCUUCAUGCAUAGAAGUCCUCCCAUGAUAGCCAAACAUAGUCAUAUUUUUGGGUGCAGCCUCUGGAAAAGUGAUUUUAAUCAGAGGUAGGGCUACAAGCUAGAUGGCUUUUAAUAUAUUUUUUCAGAUAUGUUUAUUUUACAUUUUCUUGUAGGAGACGUCUAUAAUCUGUUUGUAAAUCUCUAUAAAUUAAUACAAUAUCCAAAUAAACUAUUUCAAUAGAAUUU